AUGCGUCAACUAUGUUCAAUUGACAAAUGCUUGCGAAAAUCACGUUGGCAGUGUGAUUGUUGUCAACAACAUCUUUGUUUACAACAUUUAAAUGAACAUAAUGCUUCACUUAUUUCUGAACUGAACCCUUUAACUGAUGAAAUUAAUGCACUUGGAGAUCUUCUCGAAAAACUAAAUAUUCACCAAACAAUUGCAGAUAGUCGUCAAAAACUUGAACAAUGGCGUCAAGAUUGUUAUAAGAAGAUUGAUUGUUUAUUUGAACAAAAAUGUCAAGAACUUCAUCAAUUUUUUAAUGAAACAGUUGGAAAACAACGAGAAGAACUCAAUCGAAUAAAUUCGAAAAUAACUGGACUCAUCAAUGCACAAGAAACAACUCGUCAAGAUAUUGAUUUAUUAAGGUCAACUAUUCAUCAGCUUGAAACAAAUAUAAACAACAUCGAACGAACACGUUUUAUCAUCAGUACUCGUCCACUAGUACCAGAAGAUACAUUCGUUUCUAUUACGAAAACAAUUGAAAAAGAGCUUGAUCUAUCAACUCUUUCAUCUGCGUACGCAACGGUUCAUCAUCCUAAGGGAAGUUGUGGACCACUAAGUUGUAAUGAUCGAUAUUUAUUGGUACACCAACAUCCAAAUUUAUGUUUAUUUGAUCAAGAAAUGGACAUAGCCAAAGAAACGCUAUGGUCUUAUGGUAGAAUUUGGGACAUGUGUUGGUCAUCAACAUUAGAUCGAUUUAUUGUACUUGGAAAAAAUGAUAUCUUUCUCAUUAAUGAGAAUACCAUGUCAAUUGAUAAUGCAUACACAAUUACAGAACGAGAUUUGAUAUCAUGUACAUGUUCUGAUACAAUUCUCUUUGUAUGUACAAAUCAAGGGGCUUCAUCCAUUCUUGAACUCACAUUAUUUCCAUCAAUUGAAUUGAUUAGAGAAUGGAAAUCUCCUCUUACAUGUACCAAAGAUGAAUUUAUCGAUGAUAUUGUUUACAAUAAUAGAAAUCUUGCUCUGGUGGUUAAAAAUAAAGCUGAGAAAACGCUACGCAUUGAACUAAGAUAUGCAAAAACACUGGACCGUAUCUGGACACUUCAACUUGAUAUGAUGUGUGUCCACAAAGUAGCAUUUCGUUGUUGUUCACUCACUGGUAAUGAAUGGCUCAUUGUCGACCAUGAGACUGGACGUCUACUUCACAUUACAAAAGAUGGAAAAAUAAAAAAAAUAAUUGAAUAUUAUCCGAUUCCUCAUCGUGCUCUUCUGUUUGACUGGAAUCAGCUGGCUAUAUCAACUGGAAAGCAUGUAAAGUUGCAUACAAUUCAAUUAAAUGAAUGA